GCUAUUUCUGAACAGCUCGCUUUUAUCUAUCCUUGAGUCACCUUCACAUUUCAUGUGCUCAGCAUGGUAUGUUGUAAUCUCUUAUUACUGACCCCGCUGGUCUUUCCUUGAAGCCUGUUGAAGGAAUCUGAUGUAAAUGGAGCCUGUUGUGCUGCUGUAUUUGCUCUUUUGUUCUCUGCUUCCCAAGAAAAUGUCCCAUUUAGCUGUAGCAAGUGAAAUUGCAUAGUUCCGUGUGUGUGUUUUGUCCCUGCUAAUCUGAUAUGUGACGCCACCUGAAAGGUGUUUGAAAAGUUUCCAGAGCCUGCAAAUCUAAAGACUGAGCUUUAGUAAAUCAAUGAGGUCAUCUUGGGGACGGUGUGGCAGUAAAUUUGAGAGGAUUUUGUGGCCUCUUACCCACUCUGUGAUCACUCAUUUCAAAUGUCAAUAUAGUUGAUCCCUCAGCAGAUGAUUGAUAUCAGAAGAUCAUGAGAGCAGAGUUGGACGUGGGAAGUAUUUACAACAGAGGCUAAAAAAGACAGUUAUAAAAGACACAUAAUGCUUGCAAUUAUGCUCUAAUAUUGCUGCCCACCUAUGUGGCCUGAACACCUGAAUGGUAUCUGCUGUAUUUAUAUUUCAAGAGGUGCCUUGACUUUACAUUGUUAUUCAAACCCUAUGACGUUCUGGAAGUCCAACAUUUUUUUCCUAGUUCCUAGAAACAGCUAAAUUAAACAUGAGCUAUAUGAGUUAGUUCAACGGAGUUCACAACAAAGUCUCACAGUCACUGUACUGUACGUCAGGGGCGUGCACAUGAUUAUAGAGGGGCAGGGGCUCAGUCAGAAAAGGGCAGUAUGUGCACGGGCUAUGCGCACGCAAAUUAAUAACAAAGCCUUAAUUACACAAUAUGUAGAUUAAUUAAUGUAAAAUGAAUUUUCUUGACUCCAAAUCGACUUCAGAACCUUUAUUGUUGCAGUACUGUUUGUGAUCGCUGACAUAGUAUGUAAUAACGUAUUGCUCCCUCUCGUGCCUUCACCCCGUCAGCUGGAAGAGAAGAGGUUUUUCAUUUCUCUUCACCUGCUCCAACAAAGUCUAGUCACUGAAUGGCUCACACAUCCACAGCCCAGCAUCUCCAGUGCUGCUCAUAAUGGCCCCCCUCCUCCUUUUCUCCCACUCACCCUUCUCCCCGUCUCCCUGGACUCAUGCUCCGCCUGAGCUUUUCAACCAAAGCACCACCGGAUUAUCCCAUAUUUCAUUGAGAAAAGCACCCACACACACACACACAGUCUGUUUCUGCUGCACAGCGUCGUGAGCUGGAGGAUCUCUGAUCACACAUACUGUAAAUGUGACCUGCUCCUCUUCUGCUUGGCGGGCAGACAUUAUAAAUGAACCAGAGGGGAGGUGGGGAUGAGAGGGAGAGGAGCGGGGCUGGCUGCUGAAGGAGCUCACGUGUCUGUUUUUUCCUAGCUGCAGCUUUAGCCGCUGUUAAUGGAGGACUGGGGUGUAUGAGGAGCGUCACUCUGCUGCAGACCGCUACAGCCUGAAGCCAUCCUGCCAAAUCCACAACCAUGUCUGGAGCCUACGACGAGUCCGCCAGCCAGGAGGAGAGCUGCACAGACAGUUUCUGGGAGGUUGGGAACUACAAACGCACAGUGAAGCGUAUAGACGAUGGUCACCGGCUCUGCAAUGACCUGAUGAAUUGUAUCCAGGAGCGUGCCAAAAUAGAGAAAGCGUACGCGCAGCAGCUGACUGAGUGGUCGAAGAGAUGGAGACAGCUGGUGGACAAAGGGCCUCAGUACGGCACGGUCGAGCGAGCCUGGGUGGCGGUGAUGACAGAGGCGGAGAAGGUGAGCGACCUUCACCAGGAUGUGAAAAACAGCCUGAUGAAUGAGGACUUUGAGAAGGUGAAGAACUGGCAGAAAGACUCGUACCACAAACAGAUGAUGGGAGGAUUCAAGGAAACCAAAGAGGCGGAUGAGGGCUUCAAAAAGGCUCAGAAACCCUGGGCCAAAAAGCUAAAAGAGCUUGAAGCUGCAAAAAAGUUGUAUCACAUGGCCUGCAAAGAGGAGAAGCUGGCCUCCACCAGAGAGGCCAACAGUAAGGCAGAGGCCUCUGUGACCGCCGACCAGCAGAAGAAGCUGCACGAGAAAUUGGACAAGUGCAAACAGGAUUCACAGAAAGCAAAGGAGAAGUAUGAGAAGGCUCUGGAUGAGCUGAGUUACUGCACCCCUCAGUACAUGGAAAACAUGGAGCUGGUGUUCAACCAGUGUCAGCAGUUUGAAGAGAAGAGGCUGAGCUUCCUCAGAGAAGUGCUGCUGGAUGUCAAACGCCACCUCAACCUCACAGAGAACCAAAGUUAUGCAACAGUAUACAGAGACCUGGAACGCACCAUCACAUCGGCCAGUCCACAGGAAGACCUGAAGUUGUUCAACAACAUCCAUGGCCCCGGCAUGCACAUGAACUGGCCACAGUUUGAGGAGUACAACCCAGAACUUGCCCACAGCAUCAACAAGAAAGAAAAGUUAAAGAAGGGCAAUGACGCCAUCACGCUGACUCAGGUCACAACAGCAGGAGAUAAUGCUCAAGCUGUGGACCGCGGCAGCGUCAGCAGCUACGAGAAGAACCAGGCGCUCACAGCCUCCACAGAGUGGUCUGACGAGGACCAGGCGGCCGUGAACUCGGGCAACGACACCAACGGAGGCCCGAACCCGUUCGACGAAGAUGCCGGCUCGGGCGUGAGAGUGAGAGCGCUGUAUGACUAUGAAGGACAAGAGCAGGACGAGCUCAGCUUCAGAGCAGGGGAUGAGCUGACGAAGCUGGAGGAGGAGGACGAGCAGGGCUGGUGUAAAGGUCGUCUAGACAGCGGCCAGCUGGGACUCUACCCGGCCAAUUACGUGGAGCCGAUCUAACCAUUCCAGCUGUGAACCCUCCGAUCAUAACUGCACAUUGCCAGAGACUCAAAAAGCAGAGCUUUGUCGUCCUCUCGGGCACAAGGAGCUGUCGUCAUCACAGACAAGAUGUUACUGAACAAAAUCACCCCCCAGAUACUACAAGCAAAAAUAUUUUGUUUCUUUUGUGUGAAGCUGUGUUUGAUUUCAGCUGCGACGCUAACAUGCCAUACGAUAUAUUCUUUCAUCCUCAUAUUGAUAUGGUAUCGUCAGUUGUGCCUGGAUAGCGAGAAUGAGCCAUGGAUUAUUGUGCAUUUCAUGUAUAUAUUCUAUUCUCUCCUUUUUUUUCUUCUUUUUUUUGUACAGUUGUUUUCUCAUUAAAUUCAGUGUUUUCCUCCUUUGUAACAUAUAAUUACGUUUAGCCUCGCAAGCAUAGUUGACAUUGUUGGGAAAUGUCGCCCUGAGCGUUUGAUGAAGAUGAAGAUACGUACUGCUCUCAUUUCUGUGUAAUACGAAUGAAACCAGAGCCAGGAGCGGGUUAGCGUAGCUUAGCAUCAAGCCUGGGAGCAGCAGGGGAAGUCGGUCUUCAGCAUCAGAACAAACAAAAAAAUAAGCAUUUCUCUCAAAAUGUUGAACUAUACCUUAGAAAGAUGUUUUCACAGCACACCACUGGAUUUUAAAAGAAAUGUCCCUCAGCAGAGCGUCUCUUAAAAAAGGAAAUACAUCCUCUUUGUUUACAUUAAAGCUGCGGUCUGUCAGUUUGUAAGUUUCACUAAGGGCCAGGUUCAUGCGCUCUGCGUCUGUGGACGGAUAUGCACACAGUUCUGCGUCAGUGUAUUAUUUCUCAAUCUCAUCUUCAUCUCAUUCCCGUAGCAGGGAUUUCACACUUUGAGUUCACUCUCUUUUGUAUUUCCUUGUAUUCUUUGUGUCAGUACCGGCAGAUUUCCUCACAUAACCUCAGGCAAGUUUCCACGGGUACUGUCGUCUCUGUUAACGUGUCCGAGUAUUAUAUAUGCGGAGGAGAAAAUCCAUUUAUUGGCCAUGUGCGCCUGACUCCGCCUUCGUAGGUGGCGCUGUAUCUCUCUAUAAGCUAGUGCGUAUUGAAUCAUUGAAUCAGCCUCCUGUUGACCUUUACGUCACAGAAAAACAAAACGGCGUGAUGGAUGGUGAGAUGGAUUGUGCUGGACUAAAGACUGGGGAGGAAAUGUUGGUGCAUUGCACAGAACGCCAAGUCCACUAAAGUCCGACUGAACGUAUUCAUGCAGGAGUAAUCAGACUAUGAAUCGUAUUAUCCAGGUGUGUUAGUCCGACUAAGACUAGCACGGUUUUAGUCGGACUAACGUGUUUUUACGUGACAUCAAUUAAACACAAUUAUUGUCUUAGUCCGACUAAAAUCGGACUUAAAAUCGGACUUUUAAGUCGCACUGAGUGAAGUUUGGUGGCACGUUGGUCUCUGAUCUGGUGUAUCGUGAAGUCUGCGGUCGUACACUGAAGCAGCACAGCAGGGUGUGUGAGGGUAGGACGGUUGGUUCGGGACAGACAGGUUCACCAGCCAAUCAGUCCAUGGGGCUUGACUGAAAGGAUUGGUCAGGUUUAUUACAGUAUUGCGAUGACUACUGGCACCGUUUUGUUGUUUUAUUUGUUUAUUUAUUCAUUGACGCUAUCAGGAUGUAAAGAGGAGAUUUUUAAAAAAAGUGUUCCAGAAACAGACGCUAGUUUCGACCUCCUCUCUCAUCGACAACAAUGUGCCUGUCAUACCUCGUCAGUGAAUAAUCUUAAUAACGUAGACGCCAUGACAGAUAUACACUCGCCGUGCUUUUGACAUCAGCGUCAUCUCACAUGUGAGGGUUUUAAAUCUUUUUGAAAUUCCUGCUCUGAAUGAGACUUGUUUACCAUGACUGUGUGUAUUAUCAUCAGCUUCCUGCUCUUGUCUCUGUGAUUAUGUGCAUGCUGAUGCUCCAAACACUGUGUAGCGCUCUGAUCUGAACCGAUCCAGUGCAUGGCCUCAGUUUGUUUCCACCAGAUUACUGACAGAUUUUUGAAUUGAACUAAAUGUUCUAUGAGGACAAUGAUGAUGAUGAUGAUGAUAAUGCCAUUGAUUUGAAUUGCAUAACGCUGUUAAUCAGUUUCACUGUGUGCUAAAAUGCAGUAUGUAUAAUAUUUAUUUGGUUUUAAUCAGAAAAGCUAAAUCAAACCUUUUCUUAAAUGAAUAAAUAAAUAAAUAAGGAUUAAGGAGACAUGCGUGUGGCAGUGAGCCACGUGUUAUACGAGACUGGUUUGUUACUCCUGGUAACCACUAGUGUUGGUGAAUACUACACCUGGUGGAUGAAGAGGACGGGUGUUCUCUUACUGAUGCAGACAGAGAAAGCUGCAGAAAGAGGAUCCGUCUCUGAAAUAUUGAUGAGACCAUAACUGCCUUUCCUGCUGCAACAAACAAGGAGAGAAGCAUCUCUGGUUCAAGCUUCUAUGUGCUUUUUUUUGAAGUUUUGCUCUUGUAAACGCUGGAUUAUGAGAGUUCAUUUCAUUUCACAGAGUGGGUGAAAAGGGAAAAUGAAAAGAAAUGCCUUAUUAAAACCUUCCACCCUGCUGCUCCAAAGACUCUGGGAAAGUGACACAGUGAAUGAGAGCUUCUGAAUCUGACUCCAGUUCAUCCUGCUCAGUUAAGAAAGAGGCAGCAUGCAGGUAUUUAACUCUAUUUGAAAUGGAAUGGGACCGUUUACAAAGAGAAGCACGAACGUAAAGCUCCAGUCGCAGUGUCCACCAAAACUCCUGGAUGUUAAAGAUCAUAUUUUUAAGAAAAAUGCUCUUUUUGUUCCUGUCCUUUGCUCAUGCUGAAAACAUUUUUGUCUACAGGGCUUUCUCUCUCUCUCUCUUUUUUUUUUUUAUUUUUUAGCAUAGUGCUGUAAUUUCAAAACUGUAGUGCCUGUUCAUCUGCAUAAGCAAGAAUAAACAAUGUCAUCAGAAAA